ACAGCAGAGGAAGAAAAAGAAAGAGAGAGAGAGGAAGAAGGUGAGGCGAGAGCGAAAACGUUUAAAGCAGAAGUGCAAAGAAAGAAGUCUUGACGCAUUUCGGUCUGGAGUUGUCACGUGACUCGCUGAAACGGGCAGAAUUAGGGAAGAUUGACAGAAUAUUUUCUAACUCUGGCAACAUAUACAUCAUUAUUUAUUAUAAUAACGCACUCCCACUUAGACACAUGUGGCCAGGAACACAGUUGCUGGCAGAUACCAACUCGUUCCCACGAACUCCUCUUAAAUCUGUGCAUUUAAUACAAGUGACUGCACCCUAUAUCAUUACCAAUCAUUUUUAUCUUUCCCAGGUAUGGGGUCUGUUGACCUCAACGAUCCCUCAAUUAUCUACAAAAAAAGCCGUUCAAAAUGGUACCAUGGAAUCGCAGACUUCGCCAAUGUAAUGAAGGCAUUUAUUGGCACCAAUUAUUUAUCUGUACCAUAUGCUUUCAGUCAAAGUGGAAUUAUUGCGGGCUUGAUUCUACUUCUCAUCAUUGCUAGCCUUACCAGCCACUGUUGUCAGCUGAUUGUGAAAUGUAAAUAUUAUGCUUUGGAUAUUCUUCUUUGGAAAUUCGAUGCCCGUCACUUGAAGUCAUCUGAUAAUAUGGAUCAACAGCGCCUUGAGCUGGAAAGUCAACUACAGAGACAACUAUCCUAUGGAGACAUUGGCAUGAUUGCUUUUGGCCGUAUUGGUCAAGGUGUCGUGAACUUUUGUGUCUUUUUAACGCAGUUUGGUUACUGCAUCGGCUAUUCCAUUUUUGUUGGUAACACACUGCUAUCUUUUUUCCCUGUUGUUCCGCAAUGUGUGCUUUUACAUGUGGCAAACAACACUCAGCUUAACACCUCUUUAAGUUUGAAGCACAUAAUGGGAAUUCCUUCUAACCAAUUUAAUCGUUUACCAAACCACAGUAUAUCUUGGAACUGCACUAAUGUUUUUAACAAAAGUGGAACUUUAAUUCCACCUUCAGUGACUGAAACCCCUAAGGGCACUAAAAAAACAGUUAUCUCUCACCUCAGUAACCACAAUGCCACUUUCCCAGUUACGACAUCAAUAUCACCUUCAAUAUCCACAGAUAUAAUCACUUCAUCUUCACAUCUUUUGCUACCACGUGUUUCCUUUGUAAAGAUGGCACCCAAUCUGUAUAUUCUCAUUUUGCUUCAAUUACCGAUUCUCAUCCUGUUCUCCUUUGUUCGAAAUAUGCGUGUCUUGGGAAUUAUAAGUAUUUGUGCCAAUGCAUCUAUUGUUCUUGGUUGGGGUGCCAUCAUGAUUUUCCUUUUCAUAAAAUUUUCAUUCAGUGAUGAGUUGAAAUUAAUAUCUUCAGAAGCAUCGAUAUUUUUUGGCUUGUUAGCUAGUGCCUUUGAAGGAAUUGGAACUAUUAUUCCAAUUGAAAGUAGUAUGGAUGGGAACCGCCACAAUUUCCCUAAAUUUCUUAACGGUGCUAUACUGAUAGUUAGCUUCAUUCUGCUGGUGCUUGGUUUGUUUGGUUACCUACGGUUUGGCUCUCAUGUUAACCAAUUGAUCAACCUGUCCCUUAUUCAUAGUGGUUUAGGUGCGCAUUUGCUUAAUGCCUGCCUCAUUGUAGCUGUGAUCUGUACAUAUCCUCUAAUGAUUUAUCCUGUGUUGCAGAUGAUUGAAAACUUUGUCUUUGUGCAAGAAACAAUAACUGACAAUGAGACCAUGUCCACAAAUCUCCUAGAUUCAUUUGAAGAAGAUUAUCCAUUACCUGUAACCAAACCAAUUCCUUCAUCAGUUCCUUCUUGGAAAAGACAUGGUGUUAGAAUCUCCGUCAUUACAUCAACUAUUGGUUUUGGUAUUCUCUUUCAACACCACUUUGCAUACUUAACAGCUAUUUUAGGUUCAAUUGGAGGGACGCUUCUCUUGUUUAUCCUGCCCUGCAUCUUUGAGUUGUCUCUGUGGUGGAAAAAAUUGUCUGUUAAAGUAAUAAUCAAGAAUGUGUUUAUUGCAUUGUUUGGUCUUCUUGGCAGCUGUCUUAGUCUGUAUUCCAUCCUAAGAAAGAUGAGCCGAUCCUGAAGCCAUCCAGAUAGCAGUUGCAUGACAUUGCAUAUCAGCUUACUUGGUCAGAAUGUUAGGCAGUGUGUAUAUGUGCAAGUCUCUGAAUCUAUUUAAAAUGUUUAACUAAGAAACAACAGCGAACAUAUCAAUCACUGAUGUCAGAAAAUUUCUGCUGUACCACGUUGGAGACAAGUAAUUCUAGAGUAACAAGCCAACUUUGCCACAGCUGUUUUUAGGUAACUGGUUUGUACUGCUGUUCCAUUGUUACUCUUAACAUCAUUGAAAUCUGUUGUAAACUCAUAUAAAUGACAACAGCCAAAUCACCUUAAUAUUAUUGUAUAUUAUUUUCUGGUUGAUCUCUCAUUCUUUAUGAAGAAAAGGCUUUUAUUCACAGAAUUUCAAAUUAGUAUUCAUCUGUUAUGUUUUUUUUUUCUAAGUAAUUCCCUUUUAUUUUCUUAGCAGUGUUUGCUCAAUUUAAAAAAAAUGUAUAUAUUACUUUUUUGUUUUUUUCUGUUUUUAUAUUUAAUAUAGAUUUCUUUUCAAUAAGACAUGACAUAAAUUAAAUUAAGUAAAGAAAAAGAGUUACGGAAUUGAAAGAUGACAAAGAUAUUUUCAUUCUUUAUUAGAAUGAAAGCCAAAACGUAUACACACGAAAAGCAUAUCAUGAAAUUGUUUUCUUUUAUUUUUUUAAUUAAUGGCAUAUUGAGAAGAGAAAGCCUUCAGUUUUUUUCUUCUUUUUAUUUUUGAGGAAAUUCGUAACUAAUUGGUGGAAAUUAGUUUUUAAAUACAAUCGUAAAAAAAUAUGAAUGAAAGAUUUAUUUAUUUAUUUGAUAACACAUUUGUGUGAUAUCACCGAA